UAGAAGCGUGGGGAGUAAUGUGUCUUGAUGUGUUUUAAUAACCUGAAACACGAACGAUGUCUCAAUCCCCUCCAGGCAAUCAAGGAGGUGGUAUAUAAGGGCAUCUGGCUUAGAAGUCCUCAGAUCACAGGUCCUCACUUCUCCUCUUCGUUGAUCCGAGUUCACCUCUCUGCCCAAAGGAUGUCCUUCUCCAGCCGGCAGCUCAGCUCCCGCUGCUCCCCACCCUGCGAGCUGACCUGCCCACAGCCCAUCACCAGCGCCUGGAGCCAGCCCUGUGUCACCUCCUGUGGGGACUCCCGUGCUGUGAUCUACCCACCACCUGUGGUCAUCACUUUCCCGGGCCCCAUCCUCAGCUCCUGCCCUCAGGAGAGCAUCGUGGGCACCUCAUCCCCACUGGGGCUGGACCGCCCCAGGGGCCUGCAGGGCUCCCUUAUCUACGGGGGCUGCUUCUCCUCCUCUUCCUCUAGCCAGCUCUGGAGCCAGCGCUAUGGGGGCUGUGGGCCAUGCUAA